AUGUGGCGCAUGUGGGUUCAAACUUGCUUCGACGGUGUGGGGGACGCGCGGAAAGGUGGGAACCUGGACGCUGAAGUGGCGUACGGCAACCAUCCUAGCGCGUUACUGCACAGAGAUCGGAUCACAGACAAAGUGGUAUCGGACGUGAUCUUGGGGCGUGCGUUGGUUUUCGAUGUUCGGUUUNCACGUUCACCUCUGGCGUGCCCAUCCGUACCAGCGUAAAUCACGAUACAUACUUUGAUCAAGCACCCGAAUGCCUCUUGGGUCAUGUAUUGAGUGAUAUUCUGAAACGGGUGCUUUAUUUGCGACAAGUACACGGCGUGUCGUUGGAAAUUCUCAUCUGCCGCAUUGAUGUGAAACAAGCCUUCCGACAAAUGCCGGUGGAUCCGUCUCGGGCAUCGGUUUUUGGGUACACUAUCGGCGAUCACGCGGUUGUUGACCUACGGUGUCAAUUUGGAUGGCGGUCGAGCCCAGGGUUUUGGUCCUUGUUCUCGUCCGCGUUGGAACACUCACACACACACACUACAUUUCAAGACGCGUCCGUCUCUCCCGCCGGUGCUGCGGCUGUGCAGCAUGUUCAAGUAGUGUCCCCACCAGACGAAAGUACAGCGGUGCCGUUACCUGUUGAUUGCCAGACUAUUGUGGGCGACGGGGCGUUUGCUGGUUCUCCGUUUUUCGUGCGAUACUACGUUGAUGAUGGCGUGUUGAUUGAAGGGAGAUUUUUCGCUGAUGGCCGCCGAUGUUUGCGCGCGGUGCGUUCUCUCGCUACGGAUCACUUUCGUCUGCUGGGAGAGAGAGGCCCAGCAGACCCGCCGUUGUUGUCGCAAGGAAAAAUCACAGAUUUCGCUACUCGUUUGGAUGUGUUGGGUUGGACAUUGGACACUCAGCAACUCACGAUUACUAUGACCGACACGAAACAGCAGAAACUGGGACGCAUAUUGGCUGCGUGGCCCGCGACGCGGAAAGUCGCUACAGCUCGUCAAGUAGCUGAGUUGACAGGGUUUCUUAUGCACGUUUCGUUCGUGUUGCGGCCAGGAAAGUUCUUUGUGGGGCGCCUUUUAUCCGCGGUCGGGAUGCCCGCUUCGUCUACUUUCGCGUCCCAAGUGCCAAACCCGAACAGACGUGUAGUGCUGGGUCCAUUAUUCCACGAUGACCUCGAAUUUUGGCGGUGGUUCCACAGGCGUGGUCUCUCGUUGCGCGGCGGAAGUUUGUGUGCACCCAUGUACAAUAUUUUGGAACGCCCGCCUGCACUAUCCGUGUUCACCGAUGCGUCUAAGCAAGCAAUUGGAGGGUAUUGUUUGCAA